AUGGCGUCUGUAUCGCCACUAAUGACCAGCAUCUUCACCCUCUCCUUAGAAUGGCACGUGUACAGCCAUUGUGUACCAAUAGACGAGGCUGGUCCAAGCAAGAAGACGACAAGUAAGAAAGCAGUCAACGCUAAUGCUCUACAGACAGAUGAUACGGCUCUGGCAGUUUUUUUCCAGCGUCUACAGCAGCGUAACGCUGUUUGUGUCCUCCAAGACGUUGAAAAGGACAUUACGUCCUCUUCUCUGUCCUUCAGCAGCUCUAGAGAACUCUGGGUCUUUAUUGUCAAUGGAAUGCAGAGUGGAGUCCCAAUUGAACCAUCUACAGGGGUCAGGGAGACCCAGACGGGGUCCUGGACAGCUGCUACCAAGCCUCUUGAUACAGCAAUCCAGAAGCAGUUUUUUGCUGCAUUAACAUCCGUUCUUAGCCGAAAAUUGCUCGCUCAAGACGAGUUUAUACUCACUGAUGAAGGGUUCUAUGAACCAAACGAAGCCAAUUUUAUUUUCCGCUGUCCGUCGCUGACGAGAUUGAAUCACGUGGAAGUGUAUUUGCAAGAGGAGUUUCCGAUUCCAGUAUUCCAAUUGCACUUUAAAUUGCUCGAGCUGAGCAACAUUCUGACUGUUGCAGUGGAUGUAGUGAGGAGAGAAGGCUCAUUGGCAUUGGAUGGUGAAACAGGUAUGGAAGUGGGAGAUAUGAGAUGUUCCUGGGAACGGCUUGUAGGUUUGCCGACGCAGAAGGACCACUCAAUGGUGGAUGUAUGGCACAUGAAGGAUGGCUUAGUACCGCGGAUAAUAGCCGAGACAAAAUACAUGGAUGUGACGCCGUGGUUUCGCACAAUCUCGAAGCGGACACAUAAGCGUAGAUUGGAGAAUGGUGAAGGCAGUGGAAAUGAAGAGGAAGUGAAAAAGGAUGAGAACGAAGAAGAUGCAGAUGAGGACGAUGAUGACAACAACCAAGAGGCUGACGUGGAAACAGAUGAGUUACUACGACGUGCUGUAACUGGUGGAGCAGCAAAGGCAAAACGGAAGCGUGACAGUGCUGAUUCGACGGAGAACGAUGAAUCCUUUGCACCAACGUCUCCUGACAUGCAUGUAAAUACACCCGAUGCAGUUGGUCCGAUUAUCCAAAUGACGCUCCCACAUGACAAUGACUUACGCUUACGAGUAGACACUGGGGUUAAACGUUUUAAACGGCGGCGAAGCGGCUACAAAGUGAAGGGAGCAAACAACUCGGGCUUCUCGCUGACAUUUGGACCGAUCAAGCCUAAUAGUACCAGUCCCAGUGCGACGACUCAGCCUUUGGUACGUGUCAGCACUGGCAUAAAGGGAACUGCAUUGGACCCUGCCCAAUUAUACUCCAUGGCAAAAGCGUCUCUCUCGAAGUCUGGACCAACGUUCACUAUGCUGAAAAAUGAAGUUAAACCUCAAAGUGUGGCUGUAUCGCUUGUGGAAUCACUUUCUCAUAACGAACAACAUGAGGUGUUGGACGGCCGGCCUGUGAAGACACAUCCUCUGCUACAAGCACUUCAAGAUUAUGUUGAUGAUGAAGCCAAGUUAAAUAUUGAGGCAAAGCUAACCUCAAUUGUGUCGCCAAAAGUCAAGUUCCUGCCUAACGCAGAGACGUAUAUUCCACCCGCACUUCGAUCAACAGUCGGCCGGCUUUCAAUCAACCGUGCAACAGCUGACCAACUGCGUCUUCAUUUGUGCUCUGAUCGUUUCAAGUGCUGGCGGUCUGAGUACACAAGACUGCAGUAUCCAAAAAAUGGUCGUCAGCAGAAGAAGGAACAGCAGCGUCGGCUUCUUCUUGAGUUUGACGAAUUUGCGUUUGAAGAACGUGCUCAACAGGAGGCGGUGAAGAAUUGGAAUAGUUAUGAUCAGUUAAAUGUACGAGAUAGCGAGAUUUCAAUAGGCAUUCAAAUGGCAGCUUCGGACGCGUUGGUGACUUGGCGACAAGAACCAGAUGGAAUCAAGGAGUGGUCCACGCACUCAAAUUUGCAGGUCAGUACAGCAAGUACGUUGGAAAAGAACGAGAUAGUGCAUCGCGUGCAGCCUUAUUUGCAGAGCCUGUUAUUGCUUCUGAAAAAAGAAGACAAGAACGAAAGUGAAAUUAGAAAAACCAAGUGGGACCGACACUGGAUGAGCUUGGAGGAAUACACUCAAGCUCCGAUGAGAACACGUGGCAACAAACGACUUGAGUGCGUCCGUGUAGAGGAAGUGCCAAAGUUUUGUGUAUCUACGCUGGAGGCAAGCUAUCACGUUGCACCCGCUAUCAUUUCGGAAUAUUUAUUGCGUGAUUUGUAUCCGGUAUCGGCACCAAAGCCAGUAGACUACGUGAUCGUUUGCCCACAGUCUCCGACACAGUGGUUUGCCUCUCUCGCGCUAUCUUAUUUUUCCUGCUUCCGGAGUAUGUAUGCGCAGUGCCAUAUGGGCGAUUUGGCUCCCAUCGAUCUUGCCCAAGUGGAAGGAAAUCAUUAUGUGAGCGUGGAUACUUCUAAUGGACUGCUACUUGUUGACUGCGCCGAGAGUAGUUUGGACCCCUUCGCUAAUUUCCGCACGGCUGGAAAGCUUUUGAAUCCUGUGUUAUUAUCGGGCGCUACCAAAACAACACAGGCUUUUUCAAGGUCAGCUGUUGCUAAUGUCGUAUACUUGAUGGUUCCAUUUCGCCGAAGCGAUGUGAAGCACAAAAUGUGGACUUUAGGAGCAUUUUCAAGCGGCUUGUUUGGAAUGGAAAAUAUCACCGAGGUCAGUGGUUGGAAAGAUAGUGUGACGAUUGAGAUGGUCUACUUGGAUGACUUGUAUGAAGUGGAGGUGAACCCAAGCCCAUUGAUGCUGAUGCCAAACUGUUUUGGUCUUUACGACCGUAUAUGUGAGAAUGUAAAUUUGAAGCCAGCUGAUGGAGUGGUUAGUUGUGCCGGUCGAUCUCGGUUUCUUUGUGAGCGUCUGUACCACCUAGCUGAUUGGCGAGCAGGCAAGCUUUCUGAGAAUCAGCAAGUUCAGAUGGAGCCGCCGCCGUACAUUUAUGGCGGGUACUUGCUUUCAGAGGACCGCAAAUGGAUCGCAUGCAGCUGCACAGAUGCAGUUGGCUCAGUUCUUGAGACAUAUAUGAUUCCUGUCAAAGAUGGAAGUGGCCUUGAAAACGCUUUGCUUAAGAUGAUGCUGAAGAUGCUACACUUUCUUGCACUCUUCGGUGAGAAGAGCGUGCUUGUAGUCACGCGGCUGAAUGACAUGUCUGGGGCGUCGUGUUUAAAUGACGACGAGAAAGCUGCAUGGGAGACGCUACGAUCCAAUCGAAUGAAGGAGCUGAUACCAAUGGCAUUUAUACCGCUUCUAUCGUGUGUAUUGCUUCUGCAGCUCAAUGCAGCAUCGAAUGAGGAGGUACAACUGCGUGAAAAUCCGUCGUCUACAGCUUUAUACGUUUCUGACAACCUCGGAUUCGCCGUCAUGUCUCCUCAAGAGAACACUGCCGCUCGUGCCAACAGUAGAGCUGUACUUUCCACUGGUAGUGAUGCCUGGAAGUCCACUUCCUUGCUUCACGCGCAGCAUACACUAGCUCACAAGCGAGAGGCGAGGGUUUUGAAAGUGACGCUAGUACUUGCAUUGCUGAAGAAAGAUAACGAUCCCAAGAACGGUAAAGUGACAGAAUCGGCACCACCAAGCAUGAUGACUGCUAUUUUACGGGAUUUCCACGCCCAGUCGUACUUGACGAUGCAUCCGAUCACGUUGGAGAGGCAAUCGCCACUACCUCAUUACCUGGCUGCUAUUUCAAAAAUGAGCCGGGAAUUACAAGUAUUGGAGACCCAAUUAACAACGGACCCCUUGCAGACGCGAUGA